AUGGCGGUGCAGUACCACGUUUGGAUGGCGCAAACGGACGCAGAGUCAGAGGCCUGCCAUGCCGUCGUCAACCUGGCCGACGGCAUCACUUUGGUUCUCGGUGGCUUGGACGAGGACGAAAUGUUCGAGACAGCAGAGAAACAUAGCUUAGACCGAACGCUGGGCCAAGCGCAAGGACCCCGUGCCUCUGCUUCCGUGGCUGUUGCGGCCAGUCGGAAAACUUUAGGCUGCUUCGGCCUCUUUGCGUCUGGCUGCUUCGGCCUGUGUGUGGCUGCUUCGGCCACUAAAAGAGUUGUGGCUGCUCCGGCCAUGUCUGGUGAUGCGGCUCAGAUGAUAAAUGAGCGCCUCGUGCUGGACUGUGGAGGUGUUUUGUCCGUGCCCAGCCAGUACGGUCAAGAAAAGUACGAUGGCGACGAUAUUUACAAGUCCGCGAUUCCUGGAGCAUAUGCCUUCUGCCAGAAGUUCAUGAAGCAGUAUGGCAGCAAUGAGCUCCAGGUGAUCAGCCGUGUCAACUUCCCCUCCAGCAAGAAGCACUGGGUGGUUCGCUUCUGCGAGUCACUCGGUCUCUCCGAGAACCAGGUUCACUUGGUUACCGACAGGAAGGACAAGGGGCCGAAAGCUCGUGAGCUGGGGUGCGCCGUAGCUGUGGACGACCAGUCCGACUGUUUGUAUCACAUCGGUGUGUGCUGCCAUGACAUUUUGCACGACGUGAAGCCGCUGAUCCUGUUCUCUGAGAAAGGCUACAGGAACACCCAACACAAGUGGGACAAUUGGGUCCAAAACCGAGUCACCCGUACCACGUCUUGGCUUGACGUGGCUCGCUUCUGUGCCUUGGACGUGUCAGGCUGGGAGGAGCUUGGCCAAAUCGGUCCUCCCAAUCGCUGGCACAACGAAGCCACGACAAAGAGAUGGUUUCAAAUGUGUGAGCCACGGCCCGCGGCUGCUCCGGCCGCAAAGCAAAAGAAGGAAGUAACGGCUGAACCGGCCGAGGAGCUUCCAAGGAAAAAAACGAAACUAGAGACGACGGCUGCUUCGGCAAAAAAGAAAAAACCUGACGACGAGUACUCGUACGAGUACUACAGCGACUCAGACGACAAGCCCGCCGCCCCGUCCGCGUCGUCCUCGUCGUCGGAGCUGUCUGUCCGCGUAGUUAAAGGGGAAACAAAAGCGGCUGCUUCGGCCGACGAAGACGACAGAGCGGCUGCUCCGGCCGAAAAGGACGACAGAGCGGCUGCUCCGGCCGAAAAGGACGACAGAGCGGCUGCUCCGGCCGAAAAGGACGACAGAGCGGCUGCUUCGGCCGAAAAGGACGACAUCGCGGCUGCUUCGGCCGAAGAGGACGCAAAGAAAGAAAAAAAAGAGAAGAAGGAUAAGCGGGAGAAAAAGCAUAAACAUGAUGAUAAAUAUUAUGAUAAAAAGCCGGCUGCUUCGGCCGUAAACCUCAAGCCGAACCCAGAAACUGAGAGGCGCGCUCUCAGAGACGAGAUGCGGGAUCUGGCUGAGAGAACCACCAUGAUGGCUGAGAGAGCCGAGGCAGCCGCGGCUCAAGCGUCAGCCUCGUCGUCGCAGCGUCCACAAGAGGCUUCCUUCACGUCCUGGCAGGGAGUGACGGCCAUGGCUGAUUCGGCCUGGGCGGACAAUUCUCAGGGCAACCUGUGCGCGGAACACUUGAUCCGCGUGCACGAGGCCCUUAAAGCGAUCCGCGACUGUUCUGUUUUUGACGGGAUCGAUGCGGCAGAACCGCUCACGAUUGCUCAGGGCGGGCAUCAAGAGCCUUUCGCGAUCGGCCAAGCUGUCAAGGUCUUCCAGAGGGAUGCCACAGCCCACUACUCCUGCGGCGGGAACUUCUUUUGGUGCGAUCAAGUCUGGAUGGCAAACCAUCGGGUUCCGAUCAACAAAGGGCAGGUGCAGGAAAUCCAGCGCUUUUACCUGCCGCCCAUGGAUCCACCGAAAGAAUUCACGUAUGAAGUCGUUGCGGCUGUUUCGGCCGCCUGUGACGAAGAAUUUCACAAGAAAGGCAGCUUUCAGCGGCUGUCUCCGGCCGAGCCCUGCCAUGCUCUGUUGUUUUCCAUCCACGAGGCUAUCUCCGCAAAGGCACCUGAACCUAUUCUUCGUCGAUGGAAAGAACUGCUGCUCACCACACCGUUUCGCUUUGAGCUCGUCCCACAGGGUGAAGCAAGAUUUUGGCGUGCUCAAAACCUACGGGAGGAAAUGGUUGAGCGCGGCAUCACUGUUCGGCUUUCGGUGCGGCAGCGGAUCUACGACGUAGCAGGCUUCAAAGCCAGCAAGGAGGCUGCCCUGAAAACUACACUGGGGGCUGCCGCCGUGGCCAGUGCCUAUCAGAAGCACCUGAAAGCUUCGGCUGGCUCCGAGAUCAUCUCGGAAUCAUUCGUGGACAGCGCCAUAACCGUGCACGACAGACUGCUGAGUAUUCCAGCUUGCAGUGUUUUGCUGGAGGAGCUGGAUGCCCAGUACUUGAAGGGCAACCCACUGUCCAGCAUCUAUGCUUUCCAAGCCAUCAUUGACAAGGCACAGACCCCAAAGCACAUCACUUGGGCAGUGGAAGGAAUGAUAGAUGGUUUUCGCAAAGGCUUCGUCGAGCCAGGCUUCUUCGCCGUGAGCAAGCUGCGAGACGCUCGGAACAGCUACGUGGAAAUCUUGAAGCUCAAGCUGGCCGUGAAGAACCACUUGCUCGAGGAAUGGCUCACUGGAAGCACGUUUCCGGGCAAAACCAAAGAAGCUGAUACGGCCUGGAUCUUGGGCGCAAAAGACUCAGUUGUUCUGGCAGCAGAACUUUUGAUGGAUAUCGAGGCAGCCUUGAGAAAGGAGUCUAAGCCCGCCGAAGUUCUGUUUGAAGUCCCGGCUGCUCCGGCAGGGUCUGGCGAUGCCCCAGCAUCGUCGACGGGCACUGGUUCGGCUGCUUCGGCCGCAGAAGAGGCCAAACUCACGAAAGACGAACAACAACAAUGGAGGCAGUUCAUGCUCAAGAAUCUUCGCAGUCAAGUUCGCUUCGUGUCCGACCACAAAGCCGCUUCCGACCUUGAACAAGCCAUCCGCGACUGCCCGUUUUCGAAACUCAAGGGGGACCCGACGGGUCUGGUGCUGUUACACUUCGAUGUGAAAAAGUUCGGUGAGUCUGCGACCAGGCCAGACCUUCGUCUACCGCCCCUUCGGGAUGGACCGUACACACGCCUCGUCCGUGCCGUCAUGACGGCCAGGCAGAGCGAAGGCUCAGCAGCGGCUUUGCAGCCAGGCGAAGUCGCAGUGUUGCUGGAUGGCUUCAAGAAGGGCGCCAAGCAAAAGCUUAUCAACCCUUGGAAAGACGGCACCCGCAAAGAAGCCAAGGGGAAAGGGUCUACUAAAGAAGACGAGGAUGAAGAUGAUGGCGACGGGGAUGACGACGACUGCGAGGAGGAGGAAGACACACGGCCGAACCUGGUCUCUGACUUGCUGCAGAUUGGCUACACCGAAGCGCUCUCUCUUCCGGCCAGGGAGCGCAAGCAUUACGGGCCAGGGUCAAGCACAGGCGACCUCAUCUCAGGCGACGGCCGAUUCGCUUUCGAAGCGCUGAAGGCCAGGGUGGGCUACAUGGGAAUAACCUUCACCCCUGAACACAGCCAAUUCUUGGAAGAGCACCUGCUUGACUUGAUGAAGCUGGAGAUGUGUGACACAGCAAGUCCGCUCUUCAAUUCGGAAUACGCAGCGGCGGUGGGCAAAAAGGUUCCCAAGGCCAAAGCAAAUCCAGACGAAGAAGCAGAAGAAGACGACGACGUCUGGGAUCCUCUCGCUACGUGA